AUGUCUUCUACAAAUCCAACUACUUCAUCUAUGACCGUUGCUGCUGGACAUCACGGUUAUACUGAAUAUGAUUGUUCUUCAUAUAACAGUAAUAACAAUAGUAGAAGAACAACAUAUGACGAAAGUGUAGUUAGUCCCGGGCGAAGACUUACUGUACAAGAAUUACUGGCUGAACCAUCAGUUCGAUCAUCAGAAAGCCCAUAUUCAACAACAAGAACCUCAACUCCUUCCCCAACUGAACCACCAAAUUCAACUAUUAUGCAGCAUUAUAAUCAUCAAGCAACAAGUCCUCAUCAUCUUACUAGAUAUUCGCAAUCCCCACCAACACUUCCUCUUCCUCUACCAUCACAACAACAAACACAACUUUUACGUAUUCCUCCUGCUCAACAACAACCAGGAAUGGAAAUUGAUUCUUUCAAAUUAACAUUACCCACACCUUUAACUUCACCUACCCCAGGACCUACCAUUUCAAUGUCAUCAGUUCCAUCGCUCAAGAAGAUAAUAAAAAUACCUAUAUGA